AUGGAAUCAUGAAAUAUGGACGGCUGUGGUUGUGCUUUUGAUAAUAAUGGUCGUGCUUUAGCACAGUUAACCCCAGACGGUCGCCUGAAAAUAUGGGACUGCACUGCUGGAUCAUUAAAGCAUGAAUUUACUCCACCAUCGCACCUUUCUUCGUCUUGUAGUUGCCUCAAAUGGAGUCGAACUUCGAGAUCUGUGGUAAGCAAGCAUGGUCCCUAGAGUGCGUGUGCGGAGUAUUUUUUGAAAAGAAUUAUCUUGUUUGCUGUUGUUAACGAGCUAAGACCGGGUUGAUAUUCUGUACUGCCACGAAUUUUGGUUUAAGGAUCAAUCAUAGAACUAAUUUAUUACAAUUUAGUUUCCAAUUCGUGAGUUUUUGAUGUGAAGAAUUCGAAUGCCUGUCGACAAAUAUUUUUCACCGAGCUGAAAUCGCGUUCUUAAUACUUACUGUAGUAUUUAGAAGGCUUCUUUCAACUGGACGCGCUUGAAAUAUUUUCAGAAUGAAGCCUUUUUUUUGAGUAAAUGAAUUUGUUGAGAAACUUUGUCAUCUAGUGUUCGACAAAAAAUUGCAAUGUAGUAAAGUGUGACUUUUUGUCGAUGAUAAUGGUAUCAUUAAAUUAUGUCGUAAUUUGUGAAUUUGUCACGCUGUAGUUCACUUAAAGUGUUUUGUAUGGCAAACAGCUGUAAUGCAAGCAUUUGCUGCUAUGGGAAACACUUGGUUUUUAACCUGAAUCGCAUUUGUGAAAAGACCGGUUCCGUGCGUUGGUUGAAACGCAUGUUGAAACGGUGGUUUCUUGCGAUGAUGGACAGUGAAAUUCAUACACUGUCGUUAUAUCUCCACCAGAUAUCAUUUAAAUCAAUUAGUCAGCCUUAGUUAUCGUAAGUUAUAUUGUAAAGAGACAGUCUUAAGUUUGCAUUUCACAAGUAACAUCAACAUCACUCUUCCUUACUGCUGCUUUCCAGUCUCAAGCUUUGCUUUGUUCCAGUUCAAGUUUUAAGUUCUAGUGUGUUCCUCUAGUUAGCAAUCUUGUUGCUCCGCAGUGGCAUCGUUGAAUUAUCAUUCAAUCAAUGCCUCCAAACUAGCUUUCUUCUGCAUGCUCCUUUUUGCUUGUUCAAUAGAGAUGUUAAUCCAGAGGUUCUGUUGGUAUGGCCACUUUGAUUUAGCAAAGAGCAUCUUCUUUGCCCAGUUACAAAGGGGAGGUUCUGUAACCCAUAGUCUGAACUUCAACUUUCUUGAUGAUCAAACAUUGCAACUUGAUUUUUAUUUUAAUAGACAAAUCAAAGAAGAAAGAAAUCAAAGACUUCAAGACAGUCAUCAAGUUCAAAUGCCAGUGAUUCAAUAGCACUUGGUACAUCUUCAGGCGAUGUUCUUUUAUAUAAUGUGGCUGCUGGGGAAGUAGAUCAGAAAUUGGUAGGUUUGAUUGUACAGUGCAUUCAAUUUCUCAACACCAAGUGCCUGCCCCACAAAAGAAGGGCUUGUAAACAACAUUACUGCAACUUCCAUUUCUCAAGCAAGAAGUCAUCAAAUCUAGUGAAGUGUUACUUAUUUUUUGAAACUGCAUAAUCUCCUGCAACUGUCUACAGCAUUAUUCCUAAUACAGGAAGAUAAUUGAACUGAAAAGUAACCACAAAUAAACAAUUUUGUCAGGUUGUGUGAUUUUCCAGGUUCGAGAAGUUAUAGAAAUAAACAGGGACAAAAUUAGUCGACAUAUAACACAUGUAACAGUCGCACAGGAAUUUAAAUUAAGCUGCAGUUGGCUACAACUCCCCCCCGUCUCCUUCCCCAUUAAAUUUUGUGUAAUCACAUAGAACAAAAUGCAACAUUUAAUUGUCCAGCAGGGAGAAGGGACAAAAUUUAAGGGAUAAAAUGGCAAAUAAAUGCCAAUCCAGAAUGUUGCUAUCUCAGCAAUUAGUCAGCUAUUUUGUGAAAGAUCAAAAGGUGAAGGAAAGGUUAAGUAUUUUCUGUGGAUAGUAGUGUUUAUAUGUAUUAUAAUCUUUUAAAGGAGGGCGGACAUGACAGUAGAGUUAACGACCUGUGUUGGAGUGAUGAUGAUGGCACGUUGUUUUCUUGUUCAAAUGAUAAGCAUAUAACUGAGUGGAAUACAGAAAAUGGACAGAGAAAAUGGUGAGUUUUAUAUUAACCUUUAUUAUUAUUUGCCUUUCAGCUAGGUAAUUUAACCCUUUAACACCUAAGAUUUUGCGAGUAAUUCUCCUUACUGUCUGCCAUACAAUUCAUGUGAUGUUACUUUGGAGAAUUGGGAAUUGGAUCAACCAAUAAUCUCCUAAUUGAUAUCUUUCUUUAUUCUCAUUACUUGUCUGCUUGACAUCAUACUGAUAAAGUAAGGAGAAAUUCUGUCUUGGUCACUUGUGGAACUUAAAGGGUUAACCCUUCUCUUAUUUUAUUUUGCAUAAGAAACCCUGCAUAGCAUUUAUUGAUUUACAUUUACAAAGUGUAUGCUGAUAUUUUUACAAAUUUUUCAUAAAUCUUCAUGUUACUUAAUCUUGUUCUCAACAGUAAAUGGAAAGCAGAUAAACAUGGCGUAAGGUGUAUGCGACUUGGUCCAAAGGGAAGUACUCUUCUCUCGGCUGGUAGAAGUAUUAAACUUUGGGACCUGGAGACAAAAGAAGCUCUUAAGGUAACAAUGAAACUCUAUCUGACAUUGAGUGUGAGCAAAACUAAACAAGUUUUCUCUUCUCCCUCUCCUCUUCUCUCUUUUUCUCUUUUUGUGCGCUCAAAACAUUGCACACUCUUUGGGUACUUGUUAUCCCUGUAAUUCUCAAGAUCUCUUUAGUAAUUCUCCUAACUAUCUGCCAUAGAGUUCGUGUGGUGUUAGUUUGGAGAAUUUGAUAUUGGAUCAACUUAUAAUCCGCUAUUUGGUAUCUUCCUAUAUUCUCAUCACUUGUCUGUUUGAUAUUGUAUUGAUAUUGUAAGGAGAAACUCUGUCUUGGUCACUCACGGGAGUGAAAGGGCUAAGUGUUGAAGCAAAUGGUAGGCUAAUCCUGUUGAAAGACACUGUUAAAAAUAAUUUUUCUUAAUGGAUCUACAUGUGCUUCUAGAUCUCUUCACAACCAUGUCUCAAGUUUGACAAAUAGAGAAGCCAAAAAAACCCUGAAAAGGUGAACUUUGUGGUGUAUCAUAAUGUGUCCAUUCUUAAUGUUGCCAUUUUUGUCUCUUUCUUUGUAGAAAUUUACUGGUCAUGCAUCUCCGGUAACACAUCUCCAGUUCAUCCCAAGUAACUUGUCACAUGAUUCAAAUGCAAAUCAUAUUCCAAAUAAUGGUAUCAGUGGCCAGUACUUUAUUUCGGGAGCAGAGCAGGAUAGAUUAAUGAACAUAUGGUAAGUAAAAGGAAUACCUGACGCAAACUAAGAUCAGGAAUUUUUCUGACCUCAAAUUAAAGGCUGCUGCUGUAGCAAAAUUCUCUUCUUCUUGGCUGACUGCAAGCUCUUAACAACAGCUUCUCUUUCUCUUCCACUCUUUCAUCAGCUAACAGAAUUACAUGUGAAUGAAAGUGAUCCUCACAGUAAUGUGCAGUACUUGGGCAGUAGUGCACAUUACUGCAAGGAUCACUUUCAUUCACGUCUUUAUCUGCAGUUCAAAUAUAUGAAUUUCAUAUAUUCUUAACAGAAUUGCAUGUAUUUUUCUGUCACAGGUAUGUCAACUUGGACUCACAGGAUAAAAAUGCAUUAGUCUCACUUUCAAUCACAGAUGAGCCAAUAGCAGUGGAUGUUAUACGACAAAGUAACAGAAACAAGGUAUUUGUAACAACGAUACAGAACACAUUACCUGAAAUCAACUUUUCUUAAGAAAGAAAUUGAUGUGAAGAAGUAGAUUACAGCUUCAUAUAUUCAAAAGAACAGAUAACAAACAUAUAUAUGUGUACAUGCAUCUGAUAUUACACCACCAUAUUUUUAUCCUCAGCCAAUUCACAUUGCUAUUGCCUCAAAAGAUGGUCAGCUACAUAUUUUUGAAUAUUCACUUAAUGGGUAAGUUAUCCCAAAAAUGUGUUUUCUCUUUGGAUUACAGUGUUGAUAUACAGUAAUUUGAGUGUUCAAGCUCUGUUAACAGACACUUUGUUUCUUGGGAGGGUGGCCCCUUGAAAGAACGCUGACUAACUAAUCCAUAUUUGCACCUGGGUUUGACUUUUAACAAAUUAAUUUUGCAAAGUAGUUUUCUGGAAUCAUGACUUGUUAUACUGUGAAACACAGUGGCCUUGUGGGUAGCAUGCUGGGCUCAAGCCAAGAGGUCUGGGUAUAAGCCCAGCUCAGGUCCUUGUGUUGUGUUCUUGAACAAGAAACUUUACUUCACAGUGCCUCUCUUCACUUAGGAGGAUAAAUUGGUACCAGUGAACUGUAAGGGUAGCCUACAUUGUAACGAUAUGUAGUGUUUGGGGGCACAGAGGGAGAAGUUGCUUGUGAUGGACUAACGUUGUAUCCAGGGGGGAGUAUAAAUACUUCUAUUCCCUUCAUGGGACAGAGAUGUGGAUUACAUACACAAAAUUGUAUAUACACGUCUGACUACCCUGCGUCAGAGCAUAUGAAAUUUGUCUGCACUUUUAACAUACACGCGAGCAGUACUGUAGUAGCUCCAGCUUGUCAUCUUGUCAUCUUGGUGUUCAAAUAAAGAUCUGGAAAGUGACUUACUGGUAACCCUAAAUUUAAUUUAUAUUGAUUUAUUUAGUGGUGGUAAGAGGCCGUUGAGGCCCAAAAGGACUAUUCAACUAACAUCUUCAGAAAAUAAGGUAUGUUUGCUUUCUUGGUUAAAUAUGUAACACUACUGCUGUAUUUAUAGAAGUUUGAUUACUUAUAAUUAUUAAGGAGAAAUACUAGUGUAUUUGCACAUGUUGGGAAUAUUAUCUGGUAGAUGGAUGAUGGAAUAUUCUCCAAUGAUCGUUUGUUCUAGGAAAGAAACUCCAAUUAAAAAUGGAGUGCAAACUCAAGACACUGCUCAAUUUACUUGUAGAGUUGUUAAGUCUGCAUGAUGUGCUGUAAUUGGGGAAAAAAACCUGUUGAGACAGCUUUUUCCUCAGUUGCUGCUCCAAAUAUUACUACCUGACAUUUAGAAAAGUAAAACUUUUUUCCUCUUCCUCAUUUUUUUCAAUUAAGGAUACCAAGAGACCUUUUUCGAUAAAAAAAGAACGACAAUACAUUGAACCACUUUGGAAGGGGCAAAAGGGACAAAAAAAAGUAGGACAUCUUGUCCUAAGUUUAAAAUCAAGGACAUUUAGCCCAGCUGUCUUGUCGGUAUUGUGCGAGAUUGUUCUUUAGUUUUCUGACUCCCAGUGUACAAAUGUGGGAUCAAUAUCAGUGUCUGGACAACUGCCCACCUACCCCUCCCCUAACCCAACAUUAACCCUGACUUGUUAUCAAUAGACUGUUGUUGUGUUAGGGGAGGGGUAGGUGGGCAGUUGCCCAGAUACUGAUAUUGAUCCCAAAUGUGUAUGUUAGUUGUAGUGUUUUCUGUUGAUGAUGUACGUUCAAUAUCUGCCUUGUCUUUUAGGAUGGAACUCAACCUCCUAUACCUGUACUGUGUGUGCGCUUGUUGUCUGAAGGAGAACCUGAAGCAUUGAUUGCUUAUGGAUCAACACUCAAACCACAGUUUGAGACUCUGGUGAGUACUUUGUGUGUUCUGAUACCUCUGCUUGAGUGGUUGUCAAAGCACAAGUCCUUUUCACUAAUAAAGAUCUUUCUAGAAUCACUUUGGCCAAGAUGAUUCCAAUAUGUGAUCUGUUACUCCAAAACCCAAGCCUUUGACUGUAUCUAAGGUUUUAUGUAUAAUUCUUAAAAUCCUCUUCCCUCCCCCCCCCCCCCCCACACCUAUAGGUUCUGAUUGUAAGACCCCCUUCCAUCCCUUUUUCUGAUGGCAUAUUUUUGUCUUUCAGAUUGUUUUCUCUCAUUGAGUUUGUUUGAAAAUGUCAAUUCCCCUUCUUUGCUGUUUGCUCUCCUUUAGGCUUAUUCAACAAUGGAGGAACACACUCAUCUUGUAAGAGAGAGCUCUUCAAAUCUUCUUCUCAAUGAUGGUGCUCAUGAACCUUUUCAAAUUGACAAAGGGAAGGCACCAUCUUCAGAAGUGACAACUUUAGGUCCUGGAAACAUGGCACGGGCAACUCCUGCCAUGGUGUUGGAUGAGGGAAGGAGCAAGUUGAAGCGAAAAGCUGAACAUGAAAAAAAGGAAUCUCUCGAAGAACAGGUUAGCAUUUACCUUUGAAACUUUUGCAAAAUAAUGUUUGGAAGCUCUUACUAAUUGCCAAGUUGCUUUGGCAGCAAGAUGCAAUAUGUGUGGGUUUGGAUAGAAAAAUCCAACUUCAGGAUUAACCACAUACAUAUUUUAUUAAUCUUUUUUCAGAGUAUUGAGGACAGACUGAAGGCAAUCAAUGCUGAAGCUGCUGAGACAUCAAGGUAUUUUCCACAUUGAUUUUGAAUGCUUCAUUAAAAAAAACCAUUUGAGUUGACGGAAGUGUUCAUUUGAACUGUGCAACCCUAGUACCGUGUUGGUUGCCCUGGCCUUUUGCAGUUUGAUGUGGUAUCCCUGUUCUAUAAAGACCUCUUUUCUUAAGGUUAUAUUCCACAGAUCAAUGUUUGACAGUGUUCUGAAAAGUUAUGCUGUAUUUUUUUUCGUUUAGGAGAAGAGGAAGUGACCGCCCCACGGCUGAUUCAUUGGCCCAGAUGCUCAUACAAGCUCUUCAUAGUCAAGAUAACUCUCUAAUGGAGGUCAGAUAUUGUGAAAUAUUGCAUACAUGUACAGUGAAAACAGCCCACACAGUGAUUAAGCUCAUUAAUGUGCUCUACCUGUAUGUCACUGGAAUCUCCAAUUGAAGCUAAUAUGAAGAUUGUUUCCUUGGAUGGUCCUGUAACCCUUUGAAACCUAGGAACGACUAGUAUCUAAGUUCUCCUUUCAAUAACACCCGUGAAUCAAACAUUAAAGUUACGAGAUUCCAGGAAAUGAUCACCAAUUAAAUAAGCUCUUGGUUGUCAAACAAAUUCUCCUUGUGAGCAACUUAGCACUGAUGUUAGGGUUUAAAGUGAAAGAGUUUAGCUCUUCAAUAUCUUCCGACAUGGUAACUCUUUAACCAAACUCUAGUUGCAAUCAGUGUUCUGAUGAUUUGCUUUCGUCUGCUCCAUCAACGAAGGUUUUUCCCACACUGCGUGACAACGAAUAUUGCGGCUGCCUCUAACAUGUUGAUAAAUCUCGUUUAUGAUCCCAAGAGCAUAGCGAACAUUAGCAUUUUUAUACGGAAUUUAAGGACUUAAAAUAGCUUGUUCUAAUCAUUUUAAAGCCCUCCUAUUGAUGUAAAUUAUAGUAUUGUCUUUAACAUGCUUGUAAAUUGCUUUUUUAAAGACUGUGUUAUGGCAUGGCAGUGUUAAUAAAUCAAUCAUGAAAAAUACAGUCAGAAGACUUCCAGUGAAUCUCGCAGUUCCAUUCUUGAGAGAGGUUUGUUACUUAACUUUUUCACUUUUUGUACCCUGUAUAAAACGAACCCGCGAGAGCUAUUUAGUUAGUCAACAAAAGCACGAUAAUUCUGUCAGACACACGGCCAAUCAGGGCUCCAAGCUUGCUAUAAACUGGUCAUCCAAGAUAAAAUGUUUAGUCGCCAUGAAAAAGAACACUCUAUGCAACAUUGCAUUACAUAAUAAACCGCUGACCACAAAGCUCCUCUGUGGAGUAAGUAAUACAGACGGUACUUGCCUUUGGAGAUUCAUGCAACAUCUCAAGGCUUAAUGUUAAGGCAUCUAAGGAUAAAGAAGAAGAUCCUUUGGAAGAAAUUGACAGAGUCUCAGUAAUAUGUUAGUGAAAAUGUACUGUGACAAAAUCGUCAUGGAUUUUCUGUUUUUUACUUCAGCUUGUUCACAAAAUUCAAGCCGCACCUGGAAGGUAAGGAAAGCAGUGUAUAUGUUAUAGCCCUUUACACAUAAGUUUAUAAAAUUGAUUAUCCGGAAAAUUGGUUUAACUAACUUCACAGAUCCACUGUAACAUUUCUCGAGAUAAAUGUUACCACAGUUACAAUCAUAAAACAUGUCUCCACCAAAUAUUCUUCUCUGUUUUGCCUCCAUUUUCAGGGGGGAAGGCUUGGUGUUGUGGAUCAAACAUAUUUUAAGUACACACAUGGCAUAUCUUAUGACGGUAAGUUAUUUUUAUGGACACAACUGUUUCUUUCCUCCUCCUUUAUAAAGUUUGGUACAAGAUAAUGGUUUGCAAGUUUACCAGAGGACUUUUUGCUAUUAUUUCUUCCUUAUUUUAAGCACGGAAGGUAAAAGAACUAUUCAAUUUUUAAAGCAAUCUAUUUAUCUGUUGAAUUUUCAAGAAUUCCCGACGAUUUUUUAUGGGAAUUAUAGGUACUACAGUCUUUCGAAAGUAACGGAAGCGGUGCGUGAAGUGCUCUGUUGAACGCUAGUGCGCUGCUUCGCAAACUAAAUCGUUUCCUCGGAAAAUUCUUGAAGCGUCCCUCAGCUACAAUGGCUGUCUCGUGAGAGUAAACUAGUCAUGUUGCAUGUAUAUUGUGUCGAGCAAUCUGAAUUUGAAAAGAAGAAGACCACGAGCAGGCGCUCUUUUCAGCGAAGUCCGUCGGGCGAGUCCAAGUAAUCAGUGAAAAAAAAAAAAAAAAAAAAAAGGUUAUGUGCGGAACUCUGGGAGGGAGGUUAUUUUUCCGUGCGGCUCACUCCCAGCGUUAUGUACGGCGCGCUGACAUAAAUUUUUUCCCCCUGGUAUUUUUUGUUUCACUUGCGCGAUGGAAUUCGCCGAAAAGGAGGGGCAGCUCGUAGUCUAGAAGUUUUCCCAAGAAAUUUGUUUCAGGAGUAGGCACUUGAAUAUGUGGUUAAAAUUGACUUAAUUUUGCGUGAUAUUCAGGUGCCAGACCUUGUGGAUUCCCUCAGUGGAUUAUAUGCCAUGUUAGAAUCACGUGUCAGUGUUUUUAGUAAAUUGUGUAAACUACAAGGGCGCUUGGAUCUGAUGCUGUCGCAGGUAAUGUGCAAUGCAUGAACAUGGAGUAGAUUGUGUUUUACGUAGAGUUCGAGGAGCAUGGAUGAUUAAGUGGUAACAGGCCUUGGUCACAUAUGGAUAGAGUAAAAUAACGGUCAAACCUAGGGCAUAUGUCAGUUUUUGCUAGCUAUACGCCCAUUUUCCGCGCAAAACUUGCAAGGAAAGCGUUAUGCUGAUCGUGUAGAUCAUGAUAUAUAGUAACCUGCUCUCCAGAGACGUAAAUGAUGAGUCACUCUUUGAUAGGAAUUGCCGUCAGAUCAGUUAUUAACUGAAGACACCUUUUACUCUGAAUGUCUCUGGGAAGAAGGUUUAAAACUUUCGAGAGCAUCUCGAUUAACGGUCGUGAAAUGAAGAGUAGAGUUAUCAGAGCAAAGGAAAACGUCACUACAAGGCUCAAAAUUGCAACCAGCAAACCGUUCAAAGCGCGGGAAAACUCGAGCAACCAAGGCGCGAUUGGUGUUAGAUUUGAAUCUGAUUGGUUGCGAAGGUGGCACGAGUUUCGUGGACCAAUCGCAUUGUGAAGUAAUGUAAUGUAAUGGCUUACUUUCGACACUCAAUUGAAAAUUGCGUCAUCUGUUUUGUUGUAGUUGUUAUUGUUGUUGUUGAUAUGAUGGUAAUGGUAUUAUUAUUGCUCUACUAUUCAAAGGUGGACUCUCAAAGUCAAAACAAUCAAGAGGAAGAGGAGCAUGUUGAACCCACUGUUGUGUAUCAAGAGGAAGGUAUGUUAUCUUCUGCCAUGAUCUUAGAAUCGCACUGCAUGUGAUUGACGGCUCUCCUUUUGUUUGCAUGUUCAUCCGAGGUUUAUUAGAUUCUGUAUUUUGCAUCGUGUGCAAGUUUUUUGUUAAAAAACACAAGUUUUAUUGUUACAUACGUAGUGUAACACUUUAUUUCUUGCACAUUUUAUAUCACAACUUUUUCCUUUUCUUUAGAUUCAGAUGAGGAACCGCUUGUACCUAUUGAGGUUGAACACUCGGAGUCUGAUGUAAGUUCUCUGAUUUAUAAUAAAGUUAAUGUAGAACGUGCGCUCGUAUCGUUUCAGUUUAGCGUUGCUGUUUGGAACAGGGCAAAAAAUGCGGACGGAAAGCGGAGCAACAAAUUAGCCGCACUUGUCAAUCAAGAGUUGAAUGUGAUUUUAAUUGACGAAAUAUUAGAUGAAACAGAUUUAUGAAUUGUCGUAACCUCGGGCGCGAGGUGUGAAGUAUUUAUUUAACCGGUAAAACCGUAGAAAACUGAAAUAUCUUUUAGUUAUUUUUAAAGAAGCAUUCCUGCUAUGACGUGAAUUUGGGAACCAAAAAAUCUUUCUCUUUUGUUUCGCUGUGCAUUUGUUGAGGUCAUUCAGAUUUUUCUCAUUGAGUGAAGCUCUGUCGACACAGUGAAGCCUUUCUUAAAUGACGAUUAGCCGUCAUGUUUUUUUCUUCCAGGAAAAUUGGGAUGAAAAUGAAGAAGAAAAUGACACGGAAGAGGAAAGUGACAAUGAAAAUGAGAUCGAAGUGGAAAAUGAAUCUGACGACGAUGAAUCUGACGGUUGAAUGAACAAAAUCAUGCAAACAGAUCACGUUGUAAUUAGGUUUUAACGAAUAAAUAAUUGUUCAUAUUUGAAACUUAUGCACAAUUUGUAUGGUAAAACUGCGAG